AUGAGUUCCGUCAAACGUGUGCAACUGGAUUACCUCUCUUUAAGGGAUUCAGUGUCUCUAGAAGAUAACAGGUUGCUGCUUCAGGUUGGAAGGCCUCAUUUGGACCCUGAAUUACCUGCAGUCCAGGGGCCCCAUGCGGAGGGCCGGCGAUUCUCAUAUGACACCAGAAGAAGAGGACAAGAUCUCCAGAUGGCUUCUCUCACAGUCAGCUCGCAUCAGAACCUCUCGAUGCCCAGACAGUCCACCUUCACCAUCGACAGCAUCCUGGGACUCGACAGACCGGACCAGAGAACCGUCCUGUCAGCACCUCACCGACCGUGGACAGCCAUCAAGAUAUUGGAGAGUGUGUUUCAAGUGAACUCAUACCCAGGCAUUGACACACGGGAAGAACUUGCUAAGAAACUGCAUCUAGAUGAGGACAGAAUUCAGAUUUGGUUUCAGAACCGAAGAGCGAAGCUGAAGCGUUCACACAGAGAAUCUCAGUUUCUCAUGGUGAAAAACGUCCUCAGUGAUAUACAGUCCAGCAGAGACGAACGCUGAUUGUCGCAGA